AUGAGAAAAUCUAUGACGCAAAGAUGUAAACAAUAUGGCGGAUUCUUGUCGACCCGUUAGUCGUCAUGGAAGAUACCAUGCUCCAGGACGCAAUGUUAAUACCAGUAGUCGAUAUACCGAUGACAUACCUAACUAUUCUACCAUCGAUUACGUUGACCAAGAAGAUGUCUAUCAGCUGAAGCAACAAGCUGUUACCAUGGAUAUAGACUCCAUGGAGAGGCCAAAGACCAGUACUGGACGUAGAAAUCGUCCCAAAUCUAGGAUGGGUCGAACACCAGUGGAACCAAGCUAUGAACCUGAGGACAACGAAAACCAAGGACGACCAGCAUCGCGUAGGGGCUAUACACCAGAAACCUAUCAAAGACACGACUAUGAUGAAUACUCUCGCCAAACUCUUACUCUCGACAGUCAGAUAAGUUCUGACGAUAGCAGCGGUCUGAGUCCUCCGAUGUCUCCAGCUGGUCGUCAGGGCUCUCCGGUCCAGAUGCGUCCGAGCCCUGCAGGACAGCCGAGGUCACGUGAAAGUCCAUUCGGAGAAAGGAUGUCACCAUCAAACAGACAACAGAGAUUAUCCGGGUUUCAAAGUCCCGGACUGACGCCUAGUCCGCAACAACGACCAACAUCUACAAACAGGUAUCGAAUGUCUCCCUCAGAAAAUUUCAGCAGAAACUCUCCGAUGGAUAAAUUUGAUCGAUCUUCAGGGGAUACUUCUUAUUUACAACAAAGGCAUAAAAGUUCAAGUUCGAAGCGUUCUUCAUUUUCGCGAAAUUCUAACAGGCAGGACCAGCCUCACUAUGGAAAUGAAAAUUACGUCGAUGACUCUUCGCCAUACUUCCAUGAAAGGCAACCCUCGCCAUCUGCAAAUCGUCCGUCAUCAAGGCAGGAUUAUGAUGGGUAUUAUAUCAACCAAGACACAGGAUAUGAGAGAAAUCAAGAAGGAGAAUUGUCUCAGGGAUAUGAACGACAGGAACAGGAAAACAUGUACCAACAGGAGAACAAAAAACAACGAUACUCAGCUCGAAUGAAAUCGGGUAAAAAACGACGACCUCCGGGAAGUGCCAGAAAAAAACAAAGUGUGCUAAGUACAGAACCAGAAUCUGUAAUUGAAAACUUGCCGACAACAGCCUCUAUGAGACCGACGUCAUCUUUAACACGGUACAAACUUUUGCCUGCAAUCGGAACACCACAGGCCCCUCGUCGUGAUGAAAUCUCGCUAGAAGCACUGUCACUGAAAACAAAGAGACUGGACUUAAGUAAUGAGGAACACUAUUUACCAUCUGAGAGUCACAUGACUGAACUUCAGACUCGUUCUCGCUCACUUUAUAGGUCUGAAAGUGACUAUUCAGAGGAACAAAGGUCAAAAGAUCUUUCAGUUUCUUCAGAGGAUCCAGAAAGUAGAUUAUUACAGGAUUAUCAGGGAUCAGAUCAAAGUAGUAACCAUGGUUACCGGGUUCCACAGGAGAGUUCGCAUUUUAUACCUCAUAAAUUACCGGCAGAGCCGUCGGCAGGAGAGACUAGAAUUCUUUUGGCUGUGCGUUUACUUGAUGGAUCUCGUAAACAACGCUACUUCAGGGUCACAGACAAGCUUGAAGUGGUCUUACAAUUUGCUGAGAAUUGCAUUAAUUGUGAUUUGUCCUUGUAUGACCUUGUGAGAAAUAUGCCACGUGUUGUGUACACCGAUUUAAAUGUGCUGGUCGGGGAGGCAGACUUGGAAGACCGGACAGUUUUAUACCUAGAAGAGAAAGACUCCUAGUAUCUCUGUAAUGGUAUUUGGGACCAGGAGAAUGAUGCUAGUUUGAGUCACUUUAAUAUUGAAUGUUUUUAAACAUUUUACCAGAACCUAGCUAUAGGGUAUGCCUGUCAGUGGCCUUUCUCAUUUUGACUCGAUCGCUGUUAAAAAAAGCAGCAAAAAUUCAUAUUUUUGAAAAAUAUUACACUGGUGCAUAGAAAGUAUAUCAAUUGUAUUUAAACCUACAGGCUGUGAUCUCCCAAGAAAAAAAUAUUUAAAAGGAAAAAAUUAAUGUGACAGUAAUCACAUACAUAUAGCAAUAUUUUACCAAAAUGAUAUAGCUCAUUUACGGAGUCUCUAAAAAUAAUAUAACAGUGUGUCUAUUAGUUUUUAGAUAAAAUAUCUCCUGUAUGAUAAGAAAAAGUCAUUAAGUAAAUAAAAUGGUACUUACAAAUGCUAGACAUAUUCAUUUUUUUUAAAUUAUUUAUUUAUCUUUUUUUUUAUUAUUUAUUUUUACAAAUUACAUAGAUCUAGAUCUGUCAGGCCAAUUUUUAGUGACAUUUUUAGGGUUUAUUUUAUCAAAAUCCAAAGAUUUUCAUUGUGUCAAAAUAUUUUUUUAGUCUGUGAUAUUUGAUUGACUAAUUAGUAAAUUUAUACAGUAAAUAACCUAAUAUAAUAAUUUUCCUGUAGGAUCAUUUGUUUGUUUUUUGUUCAGGAUAUUGUUGUUGUUUUAUUUGUUUAAAUAUACUUACCGGUAUUGUUCACAUUUUUUUUUUAAUGUAAUAUGUUUCCGUUUUCGCUUCUGUUGUUCUAUAUAUAAUAAUUAUACUCAACCCUGAAUUUUUCCUAGAAUAUUAUUUUUUUCCUAAAGAUAAACAGAUAUCUAAUAAGAAAUAUUAUAAAAUUUCCAAUACUUUUAGGGAAAAAAGCGUUUUUACAAUAAGAACAGUAUGUAUUGUACAGAAGAUAUUUCCUAAAUUUGGUUACUGCCUGAUGUGAGAUUUAUAAUUUAAGGACUUGAAUCUAAUUGAAUCUAAGUAGAUUUUGAUGACAGAUUUAUGAUUUAGGACUUCAAAUUUAAUCUAAGUAGCUAUAUAUAUAUAGGUUUUAAUGAGAGAUUCAAAAUUCAAAGACUUUGAAUGUAAUUUAAGUAAGAUUAGAUGAGAGAUUUAUGUUUUAAGGACAUCAAUUGAAUUUUAGUAGGUUUUAAUGAGAGAUUUAUAGUUAAGGAAUUUUUAGUUGAAUUUAAGUAAGUUUUAAUGAGAUGCUUAUAUAGAAAUAUCACUGGUAUAUAUUUCUAUACUUAAUGAACAAGUUUAUUGCAAUGUUCUAUCAAACUUAUAUUAAUGUUAACAUUUGACUAAAUAAAAGUAAUUUACACAUGAUUCAGACAUUGAAAAGUGCUGAAAGCAAUGCUUGAAAAGUGCUUUCAAAUUGAUAUUCUGAUCAUGACAUUAGUAAAUUUUGGUACUUGAAAUUGACUUAGAAAGUGCUUGAAUUUUGCCAUGUUCAUUUCAAAAGAAACAUUAUUAUUUUUCUUCUGACUGUUAGGGCUAUCUUUUGUCAAGCUGCAAAUGCAUAUGCUUUCUUUUUACUUCACUAUUUUUCAUGCUCACCAAUUCUUCAUAUUUGAGAGGAAAACUCUGAAUUUUUAUUCUAAAAUUUUUGGCUUAAUUUAUCUGUAAAACCUCUUUACUAUUCAUGUUGUUUUUUUUAAUACCUAUUAAAUGGUGAGAUUUUCAAGAAUUUGCUUAGGUCUUUUCUUGACUUGCAUUUUGGCUUUCAAUAUUCAAUAUUCCAUAUUAAUUAUUUACAUUGUAAUAUCAAUGUAUUCGCUAAGAAGAUUUCAUGAGAAUGAAACCUAAUACAUUGUAUUCAAGUAAUCCCAUCCAUGUUCUUUUAUGUAAAUUUCCCCUCUAUUUGUUCUUUCAAUUUAUUGCUUCCUGCUUUAAGUUCCCCCCUUCCUGUUCCUUCAAUUGUCAACGAUUCAUGCUUUUUUUGUGCCAUAAUGUUGAUAGAAACAGAUAUUGUUUUAAUUGUAUACAUAAUAAUCUGUUUUGAAUUUUCAUUUUUAUAAAUUAAACUUCUCUGUAAAAUGGAAAAUGAGUUAAAUUUGUGUUAAAGGUCUAGCUCAGCCUCCAUAUAUACAAUUUUCUGAAUUUUUUUUUCAGUUGUGAUUGUAUUCUCCUGAUAAUUUGAUCUCUAUGUCAUGAAUAAAGUUGUUCCCACUAUUUUUGUUUAACAUGUUAGCGAGUUGAAAGUUUUACACAAGAAAUAUGACAAAUGAAUUUUGACAUUUGGGAAUUCUUUUUUCUAUUUUACUUUCAAAAUGAAAUAGGUUUGAAAAUAUACUUAACCUGAAAUUUAUUACUGCCGACUUUUUUUGAGAAUCAAUAUAUAUAUUUGACGACAAUAUAUUCCGUGCUGUAAAUUGACAUAAUUCAGGCUCUGAUGGACAGUGCUUUCGGGAUGAAAUUCACCAAUACUACUAGGUAUACUGGUAUAACAGAUGAAUUUUAUUUGUUUAAGACAUCAUUUUAAUUUGUAGAACCAUUUGAUAUUACACAUAUCUUGCCAAAAAUCAUUCCAUUAUACAUGAUGUUUUAGUUGUAUGUAUGUCGACCUAUUAGUGUAAAUGUGACUUUAGUAGUCCAGUAUAUGUUAUUAGGAAUUGUUGCGACAUGCUAUUAUGAAUAUUCAGUAAUGUUUUAGUUACAUAUGCAUAAAGUUAUGAAUAUUCAAUAGCUUCCAUGCAGGCAUUUGUUUUACAUGGUUUACAUGCAGAAAUGAAUAUUCAGUACUCUAGUUUCUCUGCAGUAAUUACAUGUACAUGAAAAUGCUACCCAAUACUUAGAUUGGAUGUCAUCCAGUUAUUCAGUGAUUCAGGAUUUACAUGUUACUAUCAAUCUAAUUAAUAUCAGAUGUAAAUUUGUACCAUGACACUCAAGCAUAGAGCAAAUAAAUGCACAUCUGAUUUUGAUUAGAUUGAUGUUACUAUGAAUAUUCAGUAGUUUCCAAAUGUUGGUUAACUAGGAUUUACAUGUGAUAAUGAAUAUUCAGUAGUUUAUAUGCAGACAUUUGUUUAUCAGAAUUUAAAACUUAUAAUGAAUAUUUAGUAGUUUCCAUGCAGAUGUUGAUUACCGGUAACUAGGAUUUACGUGAUAAUGAAUAUUCAGUAGUUUACAUGCAGACAUUUGUUUAUCAGAAUUUAAGAUUUUAUAUGAAUAUUCAGUAGCUUCUCUAGACAGGAUGGAAAGGUAUUCAAAAGAUUUGAAUUAAUGCCAUAUUUAUUGAAUUCUUAAUGCUUGUGAUAAUUUUUUUUAAUUUAUUUAUUGAAUUAGUGACGAGAGAUUCAUCAGUAUAUACAUUGUAUACUUUCCAUCGCUAUGACAGAUAAUAAAACAUUGCACAUAAUAGUUCUUAUAAAACAUUUAGGACUUAUAUUCUGUUAUUGAUUAUAUUAUUUAAUUUAGUUUUACAUGAUUUCACAUCAAAUUUUGUGUGAAUACUUUAGCUAGAAAAACUUAGUAAAUAGAGUUACAAUUUAUUUCUUCAGUAUGAUAAUAUUGAUCAUAAGAUUUAUCUGAUAAUUGGACAAGGUUUUUUGAGAGUCAGGUAUAUGGUAAAAAAAUCCAUUUUAUUUCUUCAACAUAAUAAGUUACAGAUGUAUCUACCAGAGUACAUUGAUAGUGCAACUAAUAUGGUUAUCUCCCCUGUUGUCUAUUUGGUUAUCUCCCCUGUUGGCAUGACUUUUCUAUUAAUUGCAAUCCGGCUAUUUGUAACCCUGGUGAAUACUAGCCGCAAUAUACGUAUACCACUCUGCUAAAGAUAUCUGCUCUUUAGCUUGACCGGUUGAGCGUAAGACUAUUAAGCCAGAGGUCCCGGGUUCGAUCCCCAGCGGAAGCAGUGAUUUAAAUUGAAUUAAUCAUGCACUCUGUUACAUAU